GACCGUGUAUGACGGCUACACGUGCUUCAACACCUCAUCUGAACGUCCCUGCGCCGUCAACUACACAGUCACUGGCGCCUCCAGCUAUAGAUUGAGUGGCAAUUAUUCGACUAUACAUUAUUCCCAGAGAAACGCGACGUAUGUGUCGAGCCAGGAUCUUAGCGUCAUGGGUUCUCUCGUCUUCCAAACUUAUGCUGGUCGAGGGUGUUCUCCGUACGAGGUGGUGAACGCCACCAACGGAGGCUCUAUCCUCGAGCCGAGGAUACGGUGGGAUUGUGUUGUCGGUGGUGCUUGCUCUUAUCUGCCGUACGGGGUGCAGAGCUUUACCAUCGGCCCUGCCAGCAAAGCUUCUGGGGAGGCAGCGUGUGACCUUGCGAAGCGCUAUGGAAGCACCAGCGCAGCUUCACGCCCGAGUUCGCAGAGUAUGAUGACGGUGUUGGUUGUGCUCGUCGGAUGCGCUAUACUAUGAUGUUUUAUAUGAAUCU